AUGUUUUCUGAAGAAGUACUAAAAUCACCAUCGAAUCAUAUUUCUAUGGAUGUAUCGAAUAUUGUUACACCACAACAACCUAAAAGUCAACAACAACAACAACAACAACAGAAUGAAAAACAUACUAAAAAAUGGUCUAUUGAUGAUUUUAAUAUUGGCCGACGAUUGGGAGAAGGUUCUUAUUCAACUGUAAUUCUUGUUGAAGAAAAGAAAACAGGCUUUCUUUGUGCUCUCAAAGUAAUUAAGAAAUCAAUCAUUCGACAAUAUCAACAAGAACAUCAAUUAAUACGUGAACUUGAAAUUCAUAUGCGUCUAUUUCAUAAACAUAUAUUACGAAUGUAUGAUUUUUUCUAUGAUUCAAGUCGUAUAUAUGUUAUACUUGAAUAUGCAGCUAAUGAUACAUUAGCUUCAUAUUUAAAACGUCAUCAACGUUUAGAUAAUACACGAACAGCAACAUUUAUAUAUCAAAUAGCUGAUGCACUGAAUUAUUGUCAUCAUUUAAAAAUAAUGCAUCGUGAUUUAAAACCAGAAAAUAUACUCUUAGGACAAUUUCAUGAAAUAAAAUUAGCAGAUUUUGGUCUUGCACUUCAUUGUCCAAGUUCAAGAAGAACACAAUAUAUUGGUACAAUGGACUAUAUGGCACCUGAAGUUAUUGAAAAUGAAGAUGUAAAUAUUGAUGAUUUAUCAUGUUCAUCUGUUGAUUCAACAACCACCAAAUCACCUAUGCCAUAUGAAGAAUCAGCUGAUUUAUGGAGUUUAGGUAUAAUAACAUAUGAAUUACUUGUUGGUACAACACCUUUUUAUGAUCCAGAUUUAAUUGUAACAAAAAAACGUAUUUUGUCAUGUGAUUAUGUUUUACCCGAUUAUGUACAUACUGAUGCCGGCCAUUUUAUUAAUCAUUUACUUAAAUAUGAUCGACAACAACGUUUAACAAUACCAAAUGUCUUUGAACAUAGUUUCAUUCGAACAUUUGCACAAAUUAAUUUUCUUAAUGAAACCCUUCACCAUUUUGCUUCAAUGCAUCAUUCCCCAAACAAUACGUAA